AUGCGCUCCUCCUUCAUCGCCAUCGCCGCCCUCGCCGGCAUCGCCUCUGCUCACUUCCAGCUCAAGUACCCGCCCACCAUUGGCUUCGACGACGACAAGGAGGACACGGCCCCUUGCGGCGGCUUCACCCCGGACCUCUCCAAGUCUGACCUCCCCGACUUCCACACCGAGGGCGACGCCGUUGCCGUCCGCCUCAGCCACCCCCAGAGCAAGUGGCUCUUCCGCGUCACCACCGACCCGACCGACGACAAGAGCUGGGAGCAAAUCUACCCGAUUGUGCUGCAGAGCGGCCUCGGCGACUUCUGCCUGCCGGCGCUGACGGUCCCGGAAAAGUAUGCGGGAAAGAAGGGCGUGCUGUCGAUUGUGUCCUCGGCGGUAGAUGGUCUGCUGUACCAGUGCUCGGCCGUCAACUUUGUCAAGGGCUCCCAGAAAGCACCCUCCGAGUGCACAAACGCCACCAUCACCACCAGCUUCACCAGCGACUCGGGCCUGUCGGCGCUCGUCGGUGGCGACGGCGGCAGCGGCAGCAACGCCACGACCCCGACUUCGUCCUCUGGCAGCGGCAGCGGCUCGUCCACCGCGAGCCCCUCGACGUCGCCGACCAAGAACGCCGCCGUCGCGGUGCAGGCCGGCUCGGGCCUCCUGGCGGUCCUGGGCGGACUGUGGCUGCUUUGA